UUUUCAAAACAAAUCUCGAAGAGUUUGCUCGCAAAUACCGUAAAGACAUUCGUAAGAAUCCUAUGUUUAGAGCACAUUUUCAGAAAAUGUGUAGUAAUAUUGGAGUUGAUCCACUUGCAUCAAAUAAAGGAUUUUGGGCAGAAUUUUUAGGGGUAGGCGACUUUUAUUAUGAACUUGGCGUGCAAAUCAUUGAAAUCUGUUUAUCCACUCGAGGCAGAAAUGGAGGAUUGAUUGAGCUAGAUGAGUUGAAACGACAAUUGGUAAAAAUGCGUGGAGGUAAUAGUAAUAAUGGAAUUGGUGGAUCUAAUUCAUCACAAGAGAUCAGUGAUGAUGACGUCAUACGCUCUAUCAAGACCCUCAAGCCGUUAGGUAAUGGGUUUGAAAUAUUACAAAUUGGUGAUAGAAAAAUGGUAAGGUCAAUCCCACGAGAACUAAACAUAGAUCAGUCCGAAAUUUUGGCUUUGGCACAGGCAAAGGGUUACAUCACUAAAGAUAUGAUAGAAUCUGAAUUGGGAUGGGGAAUAGAGCGUAUAAAUGAUGUUAUAGAUACAUUACUUGCGGAUGGCCUUUGUUGGAUAGAUGAACAAGCAUAUCCCAAUGAAUAUUGGGAUGAAGAGUACGAUGUUAUCGUUCUAGGAACUGGCCUAACUGAAUGUAUUCUCUCCGGUUUACUAUCUGUUGAAGGAAAAAAGGUCCUUCAUAUGGAUAGGAACGACUAUUAUGGUGGUGAAAGUGCCAGUUUAAACUUAACACAGCUUUACCGAAAAUUCCGUAAUGGGCAAGAACCACCUAGUGAAUUGGGACGUGAUCGUGAUUAUAAUAUUGAUCUCAUUCCCAAAUUUAUGAUGGCCAAUGGAGAACUUGUCAGAAUUCUUACUCAUACCGAUGUUACACGUUACCUUGAAUUUAAACAAAUUUCUGGCUCUUAUGUAUAUCGUGAAGGAAAAAUCUCUAAAGUUCCUGCUAGUGAAAUGGAAGCUCUUAGCAGCAGUUUGAUGGGAAUGUUUGAGAAAAGAAGAGCAAAGAAAUUUUUUGAGUAUAUGCAAAACUGGCGAGAGGAUGAUCCAUCUACUCACCAAGGCAUUGAUUUAAAUACUGCACCAAUGUCUAAGGUUUAUUCAGAUUUUGGUCUUGAAUCUGGAACUCAAGAUUUUAUUGGUCAUGCUAUGGCCCUGUAUUUAGAUGAAUCCUACAUUGAACGACCCGCCCGAGAGAGUUAUGACAGAAUCAUUCUUUACAUUUCCUCUGUGGCUCGUUAUGGAAAGAGCCCUUACAUUUACCCAUUGUACGGUUUGGGUGAAUUGCCUCAAGGUUUUGCACGACUGAGUGCUAUUUAUGGUGGUACUUAUAUGCUCGAUAAAGCAGUCGAUGAAAUCGUCUAUGAUGCGGAUGGCCGUGUUUGCGGUGUACGUUCGGGUGACGAGACUGCCAAGACAAAACAAGUUAUCGGUGAUCCAUCCUAUUUUAAAGAUAAAGUCCGUAAAGUUGGAAAAGUUAUCCGUGCUAUCUGCAUCCUAAAACAUCCCAUACCUAACACUGACAACGCAGACUCUAUUCAAUUAGUGAUUCCACAGAAUCAAGUUAAAAGGCAACAUGAUAUUUAUAUUGCUAGUGUAUCUGACACUCAUUGUGUUUGUGCUAGAGGAUACUAUCUUGCUAUUGUGUCCACCAUUGUCGAAACAAGCGAUCCAGAGGCUGAAAUCAAACCUGGUCUCGACUUGCUUGGUCCACUUGUUGAGAA